CUGAGGCAAAGCCCAAACACGGGUGCCUAGUACGACAGUUAUGCUCCCAAAUCUCGGCUAAACAACUUCUUUCUCUCGCCGGUUUAGUCGUAACGGUCAUAUAUCCCCAGAAUCCAAAUUCAUCCGAUCACUCUCUAAAAGAGCACACAUAAAAAGCGCCUCCCCCAGAAACCUCUCUCUCACUCACUCCGCGACUUCACUUUCUCUGUUUUUGUAAUUUUAUUUCAUUUUACGAUUUCUUGUUUCCUCUCAGAAGUGAGCGCCGGUGAACUCGCAAGGGCGGUUGAAGGUUUUACUUUUGCCGGACGAUUAGGGUUUUGGAGGAUGAGAUUUGAAUGGAAUUUUGAGUUUUUGCGAUGGUAGCUGCUGUUUCUACGACAUUGAACCCCAAAGCCUCGUCCCAAGGAGGUCGUCCCCGAACCGCUACAAGGCCUCCGCUUCUGCCCUCCGACCCCGAAAAUGGCGUCGUCGUUCCUCGCCGGCUCAAAGCUCGAGAGGUCACUUCUCGGUACAUGUCGUCUUCUUCUUCCUCCUCUGCCUCUACUUGUUCGAAUACAAGACGAUGUCCAUCGCCGUUGCCUUCCAGAACUGGCGUUUCUUCGGCGGCGGCGACGCCGAUGACAUCGUCUCAGUCCGUGAAGCGCUCGCAAUCGGUUGAGAGGAGGAGAGCGGUCACGCCGCGCCCUAGUUCUUUGGAUAUGAGGAUCGGGAAUGGUGGCUCUGGCGGCGGCGAAAUGUCUGCGGCUCAGAAGCUCUUGUUCACUUCAACGAGGAGCUUAUCGGUUUCAUUUCAAGGCGAGUCGUAUUCGCUCCAGGUGAGUAAAGUGAAGCCGACGCCGUCUCCGAGUACAAGGAAAGGCACGCCGGAGAGGAGGAAGGCGACGACGCCGUUUCGAGCGGAUCAGAGUGAGAAUUCGAAGCCGACAGAGCAGCAGCGAUGGCCUGCGAGGUUAAGACAACCGAAUUGUAUGACUAGGAGCUUGGAUUGUACGGAUGAGAGGAGGAGGAUGAGUGGAUCUGGCGCCAAUGUGGUUAGGGCGUUACAGAAUUCGAUGGUGGAUGAUGUUGAUGGGAGAUUGAGGUCAAAUUCGUGCAAUUUAGGUUCAGUGAAAGCUACUGAGACUGUUGAUGAUGGCACUUCAGCCACUACACAGUCUGAACCUGUGGCUUGUUCCGAUACUGAUAGUGUGUCUUCUGGUAGUACUAAUUCAGGACCACACGAGAGCAAUGGCCAUGGUGGUGCUGUACAAGGGCCACGGCCUAGAGGGAUAGUGGUGCCAGCGAGGUUUUGGCAAGAGACUAACAAUCGAUUACGCCGCCAAUCGGAGUCUAAGGCUAUUGGAGCUGGAGCAAGAACUAUGGGCUCUCCUAAGAUUGCUGAGGCAAAUAGGUUAUCUAUUGAUAGUCCCACGUCAUCUCCUCGAGGUGUUGCGAAUAGCAGGGCACAGUUAUCCCCUAUUCGUGGGACAGCUCGGCCUGCAUCGCCAAGUAAGCUCAGCAGGUCAUUGAUGACUUCUUCGCCUAUGAGGGGAGUGAGCCCUUCUCGAGUGAGGAAUGGAGUGGCUGCUACUCCAAGUAGUAAUUUGAGCAACACGCCCUCUAUUUUAAGUUUUGCUGCUGAUGUUCGAAGAGGGAAGGUUGGAGAGAAUCGGAUAGUUGAUGCACAUGUGGUGAGGCUCUUGCAUAACCGGCUCUUGCAGUGGCGUUUUGUAAAUGCUAGAGCUAAUGCCUCCCUAGCUGCACAGAGGUCCAAUGCAGAGAGAAGCCUCUAUAAUGCGUGGGUAACAAGUUCAAAACUUCGCGAAUCAGUUAGAGCAAAACGGAUAGAGUUACAAAUGCUGAGGCAAAAUUUGAAACUAACAUCCAUCCUCAAGGGGCAAAUGAUAUAUCUGGAAGAGUUAUCACUUAUGGAUCGGGAUUACUCUAAUUCUUUGUCAGGGGCCACCGAAGCUUUAAAGGCUAGCACACUCCGCCUUCCAGUUGUUGGAGGGGCAAGGGCUGAUGUCUACAAUGUGAAGGACGCUAUUUCUUCAGCAGUUGAUGUGAUGCAAGCAAUGGCAUCAUCAAUAUGCUUAUUGUUAUCGAAGGUUGGGGAUGUGAACUCUUUGGUGGCUGAACUUGCAAAUGUAACUGCAAAGGAGCAUGAUUUGCUUGGUCAGUGCAGAGAUCUAUUGUCAACAGUUGCAGCCAUGCAGGUGGAGGAAUGUAGCCUGAGAACGCAUAUUUUACAAGAAAAACGUGUACCUGAUAGCCUCACAGCCGAAGUGUAAAGCUUUAUCGUAUGACUGCCUAAACAGCUAACACCACAUCAGAUUCUUUUUUCCUUUUGCACAAUUUUACCUUCGAAUCCGUGAAGCCGAAGUGAUAACAAGACACAGACUGGAAUGGUUGGUUGUGACUCGUGGGUGGCUUAUAAAAGAGGGGUCAUAGUGCUAAAAUUGGGCCUGUGUUACGUGCAUAAUAGAUGAUAGCGGGAAAUUGUGUUGUCGAUAUCAAAUUAAUUUGUAUACCUUUUACUUUAUCCAUAAGUCAAGAGGAAUAUGUGUGUAAAUAUGUCUAGGUGAUGCUUCUAAUUUCUUUUUUCUUUGCUUAAUUUAGUAGUGUUUGCAAGUUAUGCUUAUAUGUGGGUGGUGUUGAUACAAAUUACAAUUGCUUUCUGCUUA